GCUGAAAAAUACAAAAUACACCUUGGAGAAUACAAGUUAUUGCAGGUGGUAGCGGCAGCGGUGGCGGGUGGCGCGCCGGUGCGCCCGCGCGGCGGAUGGUGGCGGGAUGAGCGGCGGCGCGCUGGCGCUGACCGCCCUGUCCGGGCCGCCGCUGUCCGCCGCCGAGGCGCUCUCCUCGCUGCUAUGGCAGCCGUACGAGUGCCGCUCGCCGCCCCUCGCGCGCUCCCGCACCGACGGAGCCCUAGCCGAGAGAGGGGCGCUCAGUCGCCGAGCGGCGGUCGUCAUGCGCGCGCGCCACGCUCGAUACCUCGCCACGAGAUGCGGCUGCCCGUUCCGGCCGAGGCGGUCUCGGUGCGAGUCCCGGCCGAAGAUGUCGUGUCAAGUGUGAUAGUGCAAGUGCAGGAUGCGCCUGUCAGUUGUAAUGUAAACAGUGCGGUGCAGACGGAGCGGGAGAGGAGUGUCGCUAGCGCGGAGUGCCAGACCGAGGAGCCCGCGCGGCGGCGGCGCACGAGGCGCGCGCGGGCGCCGCGGGUGCCCGAGCUGCUGGAGAGCGUGCCGCCGCCGCCGUACAGCACGCUGCCGCCGCCGCAGCUGCCGCCGCCGCCGGCGCACCCGCUGCCGCUGCCGGUGCCCCUGCCCGGGCCGCCGGCGCCGAUCAUCGCGCCGCAUCCUCCUGCGCAUAGGUUCCCCUUCCAGCCCAUCCCACUCAGAUCGGGCAGAGGCGCAGCGUACGCGUGUUCCGAAGGCGAAGGCAACGCUCCCAAGUCGUGCUGCGGCCGUCCCCCUCUUCGACUAUGCGUGUUGUUUCUUGGCGUCGUCGGCGCGUGCUUAGUCGCGGCCGGCGCUGUGCUUGGCGCUUUAAGGCCACAUCCUAAGGCGCCGCUCACAUUACUACUACUUAUGAUAGGUAUAGGAGUGGUGCUAGUAACGGCAGCGGGACUAGCCUGGCGUCUGGGCGCCCGCGACGCGCCGUGCGCGCUGCUCGGGCUCCGCCGCACGUCGUGCAGGCGGCUCGUGCCCCGGCUGCCACCGAGCUACGCACGUCCGCACCACCCGUACGCCGCCAUGCUGUAUCCAGAGUUCCAUUAUAGGCCGCCCCCGCCGACGUAUCAAGCUUCUAUGCAAGAGUAUAGACUCAGGUUACUUCUCUUGGACAGAAGUGCGCCCGCGGUGUCGCCGCCCCCCACGUACAGAUCAAAUUCAGCUAGUCUAGUCAGAGGGUCGAGUGGUGCCGCGUGGUGCGUCUCCGAGUACAGCGGGCCGCCGUCGUACCGCGCGCCGCGCGCCGACCCGCCCGCCACCACGGACGUCCUGCCUCUCUCCCCGCACGACCUCAAGUACGCCGAAGACGCCCUGGAACUGCCCAAAACCGAGCAGGAGAAAGACCGUGACGAACAUCUCGUCACCAUAGUACACACGGACGCCCAGCCCGUCAUCGUCACCGUGUCCGGAUCGACAGCCCUCAACGACACGCACAUACAACCGCCGACCGAAAUCGAUAUACUGGCACAUUUAUAACGAACCACAUUGUUAGUACGUGUCGCGAGUGAUGUGAACGAAGUGGACAUAAAGCGAAAAGUGAUUGUUGUACCUCUGUGUACAUUUCUGUUUUGUAAUUUUAAGCGAUCAGAGUCUAGGCUACGUUUGAAAAGCUUUGUUCGGCUCGAUUUUGUAUUUUGAAAUAACUGUUAUUUAUUUCAUUUCAAUACAUUUUGCGUUUGAUAACGUAGUUCGGGGCUAUGUUUAGAGUGAAAACCUUGCUAGGCUUAUUUUGUGUUUGUUAUCUUAUCAAAGUUAUCAAUGUUGGAGGAUAUAUUUUACAAUAAUAGGUAUAAUAUAAGCCAUGGAUAUUAAACGGUUCUGAUAAGCUAACCAACAUAAUAGGCGUGUUUGAUAACAUUUAACAAACAGUCCCCUUGCACCGAUAAGUCUGCGAGUUUGCAUUCUAUUGUAAUGAUUUCACGUACCUUUAUGUAGAUAAGUUCUGUGUAAAUAUUUUAAAAGUACGACGAAUGUCUGUUUAGUUUAAUUAAGGUAAAUUUAUUACCUCUAGGGUAUUUUUUCAAUCUCAAGGAGUUAUAUCAAGUACAAGUCUGCCUGGGGAUUGAAAAAUCAACCUUAAACCAUGUGCCGUGUAAAUAAAAUGAUAGAUACAAAUAAUUAGAGCUAAUUGUUCAAACAAAGAUCAAUUAAUUAUUUAAACCAAAUCCUUUGCUGUAAUGUACAAGAUUGAAUACAGUGUUAUUUUAUAAUCGUGCCAAUGGUUUUCCUACGUUUAUUGUAAAUAUGUAUUAAUAAAUAAUUUAUGAUCCAGAUCUCGACUACCUUAGCCAAAUGAGUAACAUAUUGUUGUUGAAUUUGAUCUAAGGCAAACUUAUCUUUCCUAACAUUUUUCCGGUUGCAUGCUAUAGAAUUUCAGGGAAGCUCGACUGCUAUAUGACUUACCAAACCCAAAUGAGAAAUAAAAACUUUGUUUGAAUAAGGACGUUAUUUUCCUUUUUUCAUAUGACUGAUUUUCUCCAAGCUGAAACGGUGACUUCCGCUAACACUCGGUCAAUCAGUUCAACAAAAAGAUGCUUAAAAACGGGCCAUAUUCCGUACACUAAACAGCUCAAAAGCAUCUACAACAAUAUCUUGUUAUUAUUUCUAGCAUGUACCUAUUUAAAAACCUCAUACAUAUAUCUCGCUCCAUUAAUUUUCGUUACCUGUUGUAUUAAGGCCGCCCGAGCGCGGGACUAUACAUACGGGAGAUAGACUAAAACAAUAUGUUACUUUAUUGGUUGCGACAAUGACUUCCUAUACAAAUAUGUAUCAUCCCAAACGUGUAUUUUUUUAAUUUACUUCACAUUUUUUUUUUUUUCUUCAAAUUUGAAAGAUGCAAAAUUGCUACUAGAUACCAGUAAAGAUUUAUUUAAGUAGGUAUUGACCCAUACCAUUAAUUUUAUUAUUUAAUCAUCACUGUACCUACCUACUGUUACUGUUAAAAAAUUGUAACGUAAUAAAUAAUUAUUGUAUCGUUAGGAUGUUGUACAUAAAGUUAUUUGUAUUAUAAGAAAUAAAUAAAGAUCUUUAGUGAAUGAAA